AUGUCGAUUUCUUUAGAACAGUUGCAGUUAUUAUUACAGCAACAGCACCAGCAGAUGUUAGCCUUUCAACAACAACAAAACGAGCAGAUGUUAGCCUUGCAACAACAACUAUUUGAAACAGUUUUGGGCAGACUUUUCACUCAACCAGAAAAUAAGAAAUCUAUUUAUAAUGCAGAUAAUGAAGCAUAUCCUGCGGAUGGUUCAAAUCCCUUUAUACCAGAAGGAAAACGUAGUACUGGUAAAUUGUCCGGCUCACGGCAAGACAAUAUUGUGCUAAAUGCACAUGAAGUUGUGACAAUACCAGAUGAUCAGGAGCCAGAUCCUGUAGAUGAAGCCCAGAGUCCAGAAUUCAAUGAAACACUACUGGCCCUGUCUAGCUCUGAAAAUAAACUUCAGCUCGAACAAAAUUGUGAUCCACGUGAUAUUGCUCGAGAAAGCUAUGGGGACUCAUAUUCAGAAAAUAACUGGAGCAACACGAUGAGCCCAAUUGUACCGAAUGUUACUAAAAAUCAGUGGGAGACAGAAAUUUAUAUUGAACCAAAUUAUCUAAUUUCUCAUGACAGUGUACCAGAUAUGGGUUCUAAUAACAAUGCACAUAAUUUUGAUGAGAUUUCUUAUAAAAAUGAAAAUAUAUCGGCUGAGUCAAAUGAUGGUCAAAAAUCUAAUAUAAAUUUGUUAGACGUUGAUUUUCUUAAUGACUCAUUAUCUACUAAUGAGAUUGAUAAUGAAUUUGAAAGUAAAGCUUCAGAAGAAUCAAACUCUGACCUCAAAUCAAGGGUCGUUCACUAUCAUCUAGUCAUUUCUAGUGGAAUCUCCAUCCAAUGCGAGAAACAUGGACUAAACAAGGUCCUAUUGAUUGUAAUUUGGAGACAUAAGGAUCCGACAUUAUUUCGCGGAGGAGGAGAAUGUUGGAGAAUUUAA